AUGGCACUAUUUUCUUCCUUAACCCCAGCCUUUAUAGCCAUUAUAUGUAUUUUGCUUGGGGUAAUACUGAAGAAGACUAAUGGAGAGAAAGAAAAACGUGAGACUAAAAGCAAACCUCUAUCUCGCCCAUGGGUGGAUGAAGAUUUAAAAGAUGGAACUGACCACCACUUAGAGGAAGAAGAGUUUGAUGAAGAGUGGCAAGGACUUGAUGAAAAUGUUGCCCAUGUCCCCUUCUUUGCAGAGCGCUACUCUGAGGCUGAAAUGAUUAAAAGGUCACAAAUGUUUUAUGAGCUUCUUAAUAAGAGACGGUCUGUCAGGUUUCUCAGUCAUGAGCCGGUCCCCAGGGAGGUUAUCGAUAAUGUCAUCAGAACAGCAGGUACUUCACCCAGUGGAGCACACACUGAGCCCUGGACAUUUGUGGUAGUGCAAGAUUCAUAUUUAAAACAUAAGAUUCGUGAGAUUGUAGAAGAAGAAGAAGAAAUCAACUACAAAAAAAGGAUGGGAGACAGAUGGGUUAAUGACCUGAAAAGACUGAGAACAAACUGGAUCAAAGAGUACUUGGACACUGCUCCGUAUCUGAUCCUCAUUUUCAAACAGGUAUAUGGGCAGCUUCCAAAUGGCAAAAAGAAGACCCACUACUACAAUGAAAUCAGUGUUUCCAUUGCCUGUGGUAUCCUGCUUGCUGCACUGCAGAACGCGGGUCUGUACACAGUGACCUCCACACCCCUCAACUGUGGCCCCCAACUCCGGGUGCUGCUCCGGCGCCCAGCGAACGAGAAGCUACUCUUGCUGCUCCCUGUUGGCUAUCCCAAGAAAGAUGCUACUGUGCCUGCGCUGACCCGAAAGCCGCUGGAAGACAUCAUGGUGUUCAUGUGAGCCCAGCGCCAUGAGGAAGGUGCACACCCCUGCUGCCAGCUAGGAAGCAGCAGCCCGCUGAAGUUGUCACUGCUCUUUCUGUGUGUUGUCCUCCUACAUCACUACUGCUCUGGCUGUUUACACCCGUAUUUCUUUUAGUGCUAGUAAUCUACUAAUGACAGUGAGCAGUCAAGCACUGGGAGUUUGACAGGUGCUGUUACCAGUGAGCCCAGACUGUUGUUUCAGAGGACACAGACAAUGGCAUUUAAAUGGCCUUCAUCACUUGAUUUCUCUUAUGCAUUGUACGGACACAUCUUUCCUUGAACUGGAAUGUAUACUCUCCUUAUAUUUUUGUGAUUUCAUUACAUCGGUAUUUUCACUUCAGAAUUAUAAGGAAGGUUGUAUUGAAAGAUAUAAAGAGGUCAAACUCAGUUGUCUUAUCUUGAUCGGUGUAUGCUAUUUAGAUGCCCCUUCCCCUUCACUGUGUUCAGUUCUGUGUGGGAAGAAACUAUCUUUCUCAUAUAUAGUAGCAUUUUCCCUACUUGAUUGAUCUCAGAAACCUUGACUAUACCAGGCUUUCUUAAACUAUUGCUGUUACAAGUGUCUUCAGCUGUGGGAGAUCUAGUAGGAACUAGGCAUCCAAGUAAUUUCCUUGUUACCAUUUAUACAUGUUCCAGGCACAGUUAGAUCAUAUGGCAGCUAUCAGUCAUGCCCCCUAUAUUUGCUGCUUCUCUACUGGAAGCAGCCCAGAGGAAAUUACUAUUCUGGUUAUUCUGUUUAUACCUACAACUAUAACAGUUCAACACCCUGAAAUUUAAACUGCUUUAAAGACACUGACACGUGAGAGGUGCUUUUGUGUCACACUACAUAUUUAGGUUUAUUUUAAAGCUGCUUCCCACAAAAGCAAUGCUCUCUACUACAAGCUAGGUGUACAGGCAGGAUGUGAGUGGACACCAGUGGGAGUUGCUCACUGGAGGGGCUGAUGCUGCUGAUACCUGGGCUGGCAGAGCCCCCUCGUGGGGUUGCGAUUCCUGCUGGCCUGACAGGCGGCACAAGAUGAAAGCACAGAGAUGUUCUUCCAUGAAACUGUCCCUAUUCUGUGAAAUACUCUCCCAUCCUGAUGCAUGCAACUUCAGGUAACUUCAGCCAAAUUGGCUUUAGCCUUCCUUGGAGGUUGCUUGAGUGAACUUGCUGCACCUUGUCUGAAGCCAGUCCUAUUUAACAUGACCUGUUGUCAGCUGAGCAAGUGGAGGGGAAAAUAUUUUACACAGGUACAGCUUUUUGUGGUGUUAAUGCCUCUGUCACCCAAUGAGAAAAUCAAUUUCCCUCUUUGGCAGACCCUGUUGCUGGUAUUUAGUAGGCAUGGCUAUGUGUUUUUCUGUUUUACUAGCCCUAUUUCAUGUCCUCAGUAGUACAGCAAUAGCAGGAAGAGUGUCUCCUGCAGGCCUAGUGUGAAAUGAGCUUUUAUAACUACAGUAAAAUAAAUUAAAAAAAAAUAGAAGUCCUGUGUCUACAUGCUUGCAAGGUCUAAAAGCUACUCAGGGAGAGAGGGAUGAGCUGAACCAAGCCAAGGCUGACCAGCUGCAGGCCUCCAGUUGUCAGGAAUGCAUGUUAAAGUUGCUGUAGCAAGUUUUCCUUCUGUGUAGAUGCUGCACUGCUGUAUCAGGCCCCUUUGCAAAUCAGUUGGUACCUGCUGUAAACGUAUAUAAUCCUUAUUAUGUUUGUUUUAAUUCAGAGUUCAUAUCAAUAGAGGACUGAACCUCUAUCACCUUACAAUCUCUCUUAUAGCAACAAAAAUAAACUGCUUCUGCCUGGCCUCAGUCUUCAAAGUAGACAGCAUCUUCAUUCAGCAACAACUCUCAGAGAAGCUUUACCACAUGAGUUCAGUUUCAAACAGCAGGAGCUUGCAUAUAUAAGGCUAUUUCUAGCAUGGUUUCAUAAUUAAAAAACAAAGAACUAAGUCACUUUAAAAAUAUACAAA